AUGGAUCACCGACCCCGCUUUGUUCGCCGUACACGACCUAAAGGCAAAGCUACUGGAGUCUCUAUCGAGUGCCUCAUCUGUGCCGAUGACUUCGAUUCGAGCGAGUUCCCUGCAACCACGCAAGUCACAUCAUCGUGUCAUCACAAGAAUGACGAGCGAGUAUGUGUCUACUGUCUCCAGCAAAGUAUUGCGACUGCUGUCACAGAAGCUCAACUUCAUCUUAUCAUCUGUCCUUUCUGCCCGGAGAAGUUGUCUCACAACGAGGUGAAGCAGUAUGCAACCAGAGAGAUCUUCGCUAGAUACGAAUACCUCAAAAUGAUGGCAACUCCUGACCUCGUCAUGUGCCUCGGACUGAACUGCGGCUCCGGCCAAAUCCACACUGACGAAAAUCCAAUGAUGAUCUGCGAAUCCUGCUCCUUCAAGACCUGUGCCGUUCACAAACUCCCGUGGCACGAAGGCCAAACUUGUGAGGAGUUCGACAUGGAUGACAGCCAGAUUGAGCGGCUGGAGGAGGCGGAGGCGACUGCGAAAUUGCUUGCUAAGGAGCAUGCUCAGGUUUGCCCGAAUUGUCAGAAUGGGGUUAGUCGGAGUGAGGGGUGCGACCAUAUGACUUGUAAGUUCCCCUCUAUCAUCCAUUUUAACUCUGUGAUGAGACUUUGGAAAGGUCGCUGCGGAAACGAAUGGUGCUACCUCUGCGGCGCCUCCUACGAGAACAUCAAGCGCCUCGGCGAGGAAGCCCACGCCCCAACCUGCAUGUAUCAUCCUCGCCGCGUCCAGGUGCGCCGCGGCCAGGAACAAGCAGUCCAAGGACAACUUACACAACUGGUACAUGGUGGCCCCGUAAGCGAAGCUUUGGAGCAGGCACGAGGUAGGAGAAACGAGAGAGUUAGAGCUGAGUUGAGACCACUUGCUGCUCAGGCUGCAGAGCGGAGAAUGCGGGAGAUGGAGCAGCAGCAGAAGGACGAGAAAGGAGAGGUGAAGAAGCGGAAACUUAAUCUGCAUGCGCCGUGGGAGGAGAGAUGA